CCCAUAAUCAAAUAGGUCAUUUGUAAGUGGAGCUCCAUCCGCUUCAAGGUUGGGAGCACGAAUUCUAUGUCCGAACCAACGCUUCCAAACCCCGGAAACCGAGGAGAACGAGGAAAUUCAAAUAGUGAUGGAGGUGGAUCGGCAUUUGAUUCAGCCGUAAAAGAACUUGAAGCUUCAUUGCGCGACCCAAUUGGAUUUGGUGUAAACCUACGAGAAGUAGGUCUCCCGCGCUCGUCGAACAACCGGUAUGCACUCAUUCGUCUAUGACGUCCUCUAGGUGGAUUAACAUCCGAUGCUGCAGCAAUAUUGCCCUCUGCACGCCUGAUAAACUCAUCAAGCCAGGCAGGGGUAUUUUGGGAUGCCUGUGGAGCAGCGUUUGGUUCAGUCGUAGGUUCUUUAUUUACACGAGAAUUUCUGAGCCACUCAUCCCAUUGGGCAGCCAUGUCUAUUGAUGUACGUGCAGCAGACCUUGAAUCGGAUGGAGAUUCCAGUUCUUCACGUGUGAGACUCUGAGACGAGGCGAGUCCCUCAAUGUGCGAUUCGCCUGAGGCGGCAUUCAAUCCAGAGCCGGAUAUAUCUGAUCUCAGCGGAUAAUCCUGGAGGCUGAAGAAUCCCCUUUCGCGCUCUU